CCCAUUGCAACCGACUCACUCUCUCUCCCCUAUAUAUUCUCACCUCCUCCUCAUUUCAAUUCCUUCAAUCCACUCCAGCAACCAACACAACCAAACCUAAAAAAGGUCUUACAGUUGUGUCUAGAAAGAUCCUAUCUCAUACCAAAUGGGCGAGAAAGUAGAAGGAGCCAAGAAUGAGGGCGAGAAGAAGGCCGCCGAUGCCGGAAAGAAGGUCGACGACGGCGGAAACACUGUCGUUUAUAAGACCGAUAUGCAUUGCGAGGGAUGCGCCAAGAAAAUCAAACGAGCUGUUAAAAACUUCCCCGGCGUUGAGCAAGUGAAGACAGACGCCGGAGCCAACAAGCUGACGGUGACCGGGAAAAUGGACCCCGCCGCUCUGAAGGCGAGGCUUGAGGAGAAGAUUAAGAAGAAGGUAGACAUAGUCUCUCAGCCGGCCAAAAAGGAGGGCGGUGGAGGAGGAGGCGGGGACAAGAAGGCCGAGGAUAAGUCCGAAAAGCCAUCGGAGAAGAAAGCCGAAGAGAAAAAGCCGGCUGAUAAGCCCAAAGAAAAAGAGGCUGCUGCCCCCAAAGAGAGCACUGUCCCUUUGAAGAUACGGUUGCAUUGCGAGGGUUGUAUCCAGAAGAUGCGCAGUAAAAUCUUGAAGUUCAAAGGUGUUAGUGCGGUGAGCUUUGACAUGGCCAAAGAUCUGGUCACGGUGGUCGGUACAAUGGACACCAAAACAUUAGUGCCUUAUCUUUCAGAGAGGUUUAAGAGACCCGUCGAUGUCAUCGCACCGGCGAAGAAGGACGACGGAGCUGCCAAGAAAGAUGAUAAGAAACCAGCUGCCGGUGGCGGCGAGAAGAAAGAGCGUGUUGCUGAAAAGAAGGAAGAGAAGAAAGAGGAGAAAGAGGAGAAGAAGGAAGCUGCACCAGGCGGUGGAGGCGAGAAGAAAGAAGCUGCUCCCGGUGGCGGUGGAAGCAUGGUAGUGAACAAAAUGGAGUAUUCCGGUUACCCUUACGCUGCGUCGACGUCGUACUGGUAUGACCCCGCACACGUUUACAACCACAACAAGUUUGUAAUGGAGGCUCAGGAGCACCAGGCGCAUGUUAGCCAGGGCUACGGAAACUACGCAAUGCCGACGGAGCAUUAUCCGGCGGCACCGGGGAUGUUCAGUGACGAGAACCCCAACGGUUGUUCGGUGAUGUGAGAGAUCAACGUCCGCCGUUGGUUGAUGACAAUGAAAUUGAGGGCCAAAUCGGAAGUUCUUGAAAAAAAUGUAUAUACUAAGGAGACUACAUAAGAGAGGAAAUACAAGGGUUAUGUACGACUAUAAUUUAGUUAAUUAGUGGUGGAAUUUUGGGGUUACGUACGGUUCAGGUAUCAUAGAGUAAUAGUCAUAGAGAUAGACCGACCGGCCGGCCGGCCAGCUGGUUAGCCGGUUCAGAUGUUGGUGUGGCUACUGUUGGUUCCAUUCUAAUCUUCAAUAUGAUUAAAAUUUUCUGCUUAAUUUUUUUAUCGUCAUUAAUGAUUAUUCAAUACUAAAUCUUAUCGUUUAAUCAUGAAA